UUGCUACUGAACCUUUUGAUUAAAUUACAUGAAAGAAAGUUUGCCAUGAAGAAAUAUUGAAGCUUUGGGCGUAUGUAGUGUGAUGUUCUACAUACACAAUGACUUGUACAGAAAGAGGACCGUUUUUUCAUUUUUUAUUUAUUUUAGGUUAAAUCCUCAAUUUGGGCCCUGAACUAUUGUUUAAUUUUUUUUUUUUUUUUUUUUUUUUUUUUUUUUUUUUUUUUUUUUUUUUUUUUUUUUUUUUUUUUUUUUCUAGUGAGGAUAAGGUUGGGAUAACUGUUACCACUUCUCCCUGGGUUUUAGUUAUUCAGACUCAUUAAAAGAAAACAAGCAACCUUAAUGAAAAGAGAUGAAAAAGAUGGAAGGGUUUCUAGUCUAGAAGCAGAAGCAUUAGGUAACCAUGAUCCUAUGUACUACAGUAUUAUUAUCUGGCAGCAAACCAGUAGUUGUUAAUGAUUUUGGAUUUUCAAUACCCUAUCUGAUAAACUUAUGAUUUGUUAUAGCCUUCCUGCCACUGCCAGCAUGGGAGCAACAACCAACACAGGAGUAUGAGAAGCCCUUCUGAUUCUGCAAUUGUUAUGUAUCUCUGUAAUGAAAGUAUCUUGUUUCAGCGUAAUUUCGUUUGUAUCAACUUUGUAUGAUGGUGAAUGUUUU